GUAGUGGAGCUUCUCAGCAAGCUGCUGGUCCUAAUAACCUCUCUGUCUAUCCCUCUCUUAUUUUGUCUUAUUUAAUGACGUUAUUUACUCAAUUCCUUGUGAGCUGGAGAUGUUCAGGAGUUGUGUGUUUCCUGUGCGCACGCGCUGAGACCCGUGAUGGAUGAAGGAGUUGAUUAUUGUGUUGAGAUCUUAGCAGGAACUUCAGAGGAACAAUAAAGAGAGAUGGCGAGUGACCGUACAGCCAUCCUGACUGACGAUGAGGAGGAACAGAAGAGAAGAUAUGUCCUGGCUGAGCCGUUUAAUACCCUGUCACUGGGGACAGCAAACAGCACUCCACCCAGUCAAACACCAUCAUCUACCUCUAUUGACUCCCUGCCCCCUCCAACCUCUUCCAGUACAGACUGUCUGGAGCGAAUAUGCCUGAGAAUAGAUGAGCGUCUCCUGAUUUCCAAGAUCUUCUACUUCUUUUUCUAUGCCGCGUACGGAUCCCUGCAUCCUCUCCUGGCUGUCUACUACAAGCAGCUGGGCAUGACACCGAGCCAUAGUGGUCUCCUGGUGGGGAUCCGUUACUUCAUUGAGUUUUGCAGCGCGCCGUUUUGGGGUGUAGUAGCUGACCGCUUCAAUAAAGGCAAAGCCGUUCUGCUGUUCUCUGUCUUCUGCUGGGUGGUGUUCAACCUUGGCAUCGGCUUCGUCAGGCCAGCAGCCAUGACAUGCAUAGAGAACAAUAACGUAACAACUCCAAGUUCCUCUGGAAACCAUACCAGAGUCCGUCGAGACGCUGUAGGGGAUCUGUUGGGCACGCCCUUAAGGUUUCAGACUUUGUCUGAGGAUUAUAGGCCACUGGCUCGAUAUGUGAGAAGUGAUAACACAAGCACGUCUCCCUCCACUACAGCUACGCCUAAACCACACAAUGUAAUUUAUGACAAUAGCCAAGUGCACACUAUCUUCCUCGUGAUUCUGCUGGUGAUCAUCAUUGGCGAGUUCUUCAGUGCUCCGGCAGUGACCAUUGUCGACACUGUGACCCUGCAGUACCUGGGAAGGCAGCGUGACCGCUAUGGCCUCCAAAGGAUGUGGGGUUCUCUAGGUUGGGGUAUAGCCAUGUUAUCUGUAGGCAUCUGGAUCGACCAUACACACAUCACCCUGAUCAUCCAGGGGGUCGGCUGCACCGUGCCAGACUACAAGAACUACCAGAUUGCCUUCAUUGUCUUUGGCAUACUCAUGACUCUAGCUCUUAUAGUUGCAACGCAGUUCCGCUUUGAUUCCCGGUUUGGAGCUGAGCCUUCAGAAUUGGAUGUGAAGCAGCAGGUGGAGAUCCCUCAUGUGGUCCAGAACACAUCCAGCAUGGAGGAAGUUCCGGUGUGUCCCAGGCCUAACAACCCCCCCAGGUUUCCUUUCAAGGACAUGAUCCGUCUGCUUUGUGGGAUCCGUUACGGCUCCGUUCUUUUCGUGGCCUGGUUCAUGGGUUUCGGAUAUGGCUUCGUGUUCACGUUCCUGUACUGGCACCUGGAGGACCUGGAAGGGACCACCACGCUGUUCGGGGUGUGCUCGGUGCUUAGCCAUGCCUCCGAGCUCGCUGCCUACUUUAUGAGCCACAAACUCAUCGAACUUGUCGGCCACAUCAGAGUCUUGUAUAUCGGGUUGGCCUGUAACACCGCACGCUACUUGUACAUCUCCUACCUGCAGAACGCUUGGGUUGUCCUGCCCAUGGAGAUCCUUCAAGGACUGACCCACGCAUCGGUGUGGGCUGCGUGUAUCUCGUUCCUGAGCGCGGCUGUUCCUCCGGCUCUCAGGACGUCUGCACAGGGAAUCCUGCAGGGCCUUCACCUGGGGCUGGGUCGUGGCUGUGGGGCCAUGAUUGGAGGAGUAUUCGUCAACUUCUUUGGUGCGGCUGAAACAUUCCGAGGUUUAGGAAUGGCGUCUCUCAUCAUCCUGCUCAUCUUCGCCCUCAUCCAGAGCCUCAUCGGGCCGAGCGACAGCAGGCGAGACCAGAUGCUGGCUGAGAACAUUCCUGUACCUUCCAGUCCUGUUCCCAUCGCCACCAUCGACUUGGUGCAGAACCAAAGGCCCCCGGAGACGAGGGUCGAGACCACCUCCACCACCGCUGCCUCAGCUCCUGCUGCCAAUAAGACCAAGUUCCAGGAAGAGCAGGAGGAUGUGAGCAAGCCAGCAUGGGUGGUGUCCACUUCCCCCUGGGUCAGCAUGUCCUACGCCCUUUACCAGAUCAAAGACAUGAUGUCCUCCAUCAGGAGCACCCGUCCAGCAGGGGAGCCCCGCCCACAAGGGGAGAGCAUUGAGCAAGUGUCUGCAGCACCAUCUGCUGGAAUACCUCUUCCAGGUCCUUCCAAAAGUGCUCCAGAGCAGAUCUCUUCACCUGAUCCUCCUCAACAUCAUGUCUCAGAUAGUCCCGCACAGGAUUCUCCCGUCCCUGAUCACACAGACUCGAGAGAAUUGUCAGAAGAACCACAGAAGAACUCGGACAAAGCACCGGAGCUUGAAAACACACCAGACUCUCCUCAAAUUCCCCCUGAUCCAUGACCUCUAGAGUUAAACAAAACAAAAACUGCUUUAUCUUUUAUUUUAUUACUUUAUACUGUAAAUACAGAGUACUGUACGAAGGUUGGGACAGAAAGCUCAUCUUGGUUCUUGCAGUAAAUGCGAUUUGCACGUCUAGGCCCAGUUUUGUUCGUUAUGACACACAGCAAACUUUAAACCCUGCUGUAUUUAUCGACGUUCUCCAGGAAUCACACACACUGGCUUCACAAGGCUGCUUUCAUUCUUGAUAUCAACCAACAGCAUUCAUUUUGUAAAUAAAAAAUUCCCAGUACUGAGCAAUGAAAAAUUGGAGGGGACGAGGAAUCCUGUGGCGCGUGUUGGCCGACGUUUCUUCGGUUCUUGUUACAAUCAGUUUUAACCUGAAAUCAUUUCCUACUUAUUGUUUCAUGCACAAAAAUGGAAGAAUAACGUAAUACUAACAAUAAUAAUGAGCUCUUUAAAUGUGUGUAGAAAUAUCAUGAAGAAGUUCGGCUAAUUCACCUAGCUCUCUUUGCUAAUACAACCUGAGAACAAAUCUAAUAUGAAGCCUGCAGACACUUUUCCCACUGAUCAAUUAGUGCGUUCUUUAACUACUGUAGCUAGCAUUGCAUAGCAUUGUUUGUAUAGCUAUUAGUGUGUAAAUUUUUUUUUUUUUUCAUUUUUUAAUGCUGCACAGGCCGUACCCGCAAGAGACAAACUACAUGUGCCACUUGCUAGUCAGCAAAACAAACAUGGAGGACAAAGACCUGGAUAAAAUGAAUCUUCAUAUGGUGAACGGAAAAUGUUUAAUCAUCAGUGUUUAACAACAAAAAAGAUAAUAAAGAUCUCAAAAAUCA